UAUACAUGACAGGAAGUAAACAGUUAUGGUAAUGUUUAUUUUUACGUAGACUAAAUAGACACAUACAAAUGCAAGACAACGCAUGUUAAAGGGAAUAAAUACACAAUGAUUAUUGGACUUUAUUGAAAAUUAUGGUAAUAGUAGAGAAAACGUCACUGAUAUAUAUGGCCGUACCAUGAAAAAUUAUAAGCAUAUUAAUACGGCGAUCGAUAUUCUACAGAAUUUUUAAAUUAGAUGCUAUUUCGAACUUUGUAAAAGAAAUUUGAAAUUUACAGAAGUCAUUAUUUUCAUACAUAUUACUUCCGAGAAAGUUUUUUUCUAAAACAAGCUACGUAAAAUCAAUAACAACAGUGUUAAUCCAGAUAUGAACAUCAACGACAUUCCAAGUGAGCUACUUCUUCAUAUAUUAUCAUACGUACCCCAGAGUGAUCUAUUCACAAACAUUGACCAAGUAUGCGACCUAUGGAAACAACUUGCAUUUACAUCGUGUCUCUGGAAACAUGUUGAUUACACGGAAAUCUAUGGAGAUUAUUCUAAUACGUUUGGGCAUAUGCGCAGAAUACAAAAUUUUGUGAAAAGCUUAACCAUAACUCCUGGUCAUAUCAUCGACUUUUUCGGCUUUCAGAGAAAACUGCAGUUCGUAAAUCUCAAGUCACUUGAUGUUUCCGACAAACUUGUAGUAUCUGAAGUUUUCUUUGAUAAAAUAAUUCAACGAUGCCCAAAUCUAGAAAAAAUAAAAUUCAUAUCCGACAGUCGAUUCAAUAUGGAGCAUUGUUUAGAAAAACUAAAAGGACUUAAUCUUACCGAGCUAGAUAUAGGAUAUUUCUACGGAACUCGCACUCUCGAUGAUGAAUUAAUUUCACUUCUACGAAAACAACCCGAAUUAACGAAACUAGCUCUUCGUGGAUGGAAUACAUUAAAAGAUAGUUCUAUUGCCUCAAUUUUAAAUGAUUUUACGAAUCUUAAUUCUUUUUAUCUCUUUAAUGGGCAAACUUCAAAUGACGCUUUCAUGAUUUCAGAAGGGGAUCUUCCAUUAGCUGAGCUUACAAUUCAUUCUAAUUUACUCGAUGACGAAGGACUUCAAAACAUAACAGAGAGAACAAAAAAUCUAAAACUUCUUAACAUUGAACAAAGCCGGGGAAUUACAGAUUGCGGAAUGGUACAAGUAACACAAAAUUGCCCACGGCUUGAAAACAUAUCUUUCGGGAAUACAUAUCCUUCAAACAGCGAAAACUUAUCAAAUCGGACACUUUUCGCAGUUGCCGAAAAUUGCCGACUCCUAAAGUGCUUGUCAACGAUUGGCUGUAGAAAUAUCGAUGACGAUGGUUUAAUUGCAAUUGCAAAAUCAUGUCGACAUUUAACGUUCCUGACAUUAAACGGAUGUACGGAACUGCGGGACGAAUCUUUGUUUGCGAUUGGGGAAAACUGUCAUUAUCUUAGAGAAGUGGACUUCAGUAAUUGUUUUAAUAUUACCUUCAGUGGCGUCUAUUUUCUCAUAAAAUCAUGCCCACACUUAUACCGUUUGAUUCUUUCCUUCUGUACUGGUAUUUCGCAUGCAAAUCUUGGAGAAAGCUCUAAACUGAUCAAUGAUAACAUUAUUAUUUCCGAGUCACAUUCUCACUUGAAGGAACUUAUAUUGCGAUCUUGUACACAUAUCACAAAAGAAGCAGUUUUGAUUUUAAUCGACAUGUGUCCCGAUCUACGAAAACUAAGUUUAUCAAAUUGCUUAAGCGAUUGUGAUGAUGAUGACUUUCUAUGCAGAGUUUUUGAAGCAUGCCAAUUUGUGACAAACUACAAAGUCUAUAACAAAAUGAUAUGUCGUCAAAAUUAUAACCGGACGGAUCUAUAUUCACCUCGUUAAAAGUUAGCAUUAUACAUACUAGGAGACAAUAUCCCCCCAACUACCAGGAUAUAAGUAUGUACUGUAAUAAUAUAUGUCCUAUGGUGUAGUAAAUGUACUAAGCUAUUGUGCACAGUGGAAUAGUUUGUUAUCAUCACUCGUCCGUUUUUUAAGUUUAAGUUGAGAUUAUUUGAAGAAUUUGGAAAAGAAUUCGGAUUAAUGUAAUUUAAGAUAUUUUAAUAUUCAAUAUGUAAUCAACGGAUUGAAAUAAAACAUGUCCAACCAACAACGCGCCAUAACGUAGUCUAAAUGAAACCAGAUUGGUCUAUAGAAAGAUUCAGACCAAAUCAAACGAAGUAACGCAUUUAAAUUUGACGGAAAUCGUUGAACUUCACUUACGUACACACAUGUACAUCUCAUCACUUUUUUCAACAUGGUCACCAUUACAUGUACAAUAAUAAGACAAUGAGAAUGUUAAAAAAGUACAUACAUAAAAAUCACCCUAUAUUCUCGCGAGAUGUCUUCUAACUAACAUUGUAGUUUAAAACGUCAUUUGUAUUAAGAAUAAAUUUAUAGUUUACAGCGGUA